GACCAGCGCGGAAAGAGAACUCAUAAUUUCCUGAGUCAUUGCUUCUGUGGUUUAUUAAACGAAAUAACUAAAGAGUAUCCUCAGUAAGCUUUAAUAUAUUUAUUUGGACAUUUAGCUAUAUUUUAAGAAUGGAGGGGUCUGUGUCCAAUGUGGAGGUGUGUAACUUUGCUUACACGGGGCAGUUUGAGAAAUUAAAACAGUGCAUCCUGUCAGAUAAAACGCUUGCCUGCAAAACAGACCAGGACCGGAGAACCGCGCUGCACUGGGCUUGUUCUGCUGGACACACCGAUAUUGUGGAGUUUCUUCUUGACAUGGGAGUUGAAGUGAACCUGCAAGAUGAUGCUUCGUGGACCCCUUUGCACAUUGCAGCAUCUGCAGGCAGAGAAGACAUCGUGAGAUCUCUGAUAUCCAAAGGAGCUCAGCUCAACUCAGUUAAUCAAAAUGGAUGCACCCCUCUGCACUACGCCGCCUCCAAAGACAGAUAUGAGGUGGGCCCUGUAAUAUGCUACAGGUGGGGUGCUGAAUGGUGGGUUACACCGGUGGGUUUCUUGUUCUCUACACAAGCUCUACUGGUGCUUCACACACAAAUGUAGAAAGUGCAACAGAACACAGGAAAGGGGGAUAAAUGCACUUCAAUAGAGUAAGCAUGGCAGGAGGCCAGCUUGAGACUGGGGCAUCCAUGGGGGAGGCAGGUGUUGGACCCUACAGCACACCUUUAUUCUGUGGCUUGCCUUUGCUGGAAUGUCUAAAAGCCCUCCUCUUCUUAUUAAGAUAAUUUUCAUUACAUUUUUUUCUUUCUUCCCGUAUAGUAUGACUAAUGUACCUUUGUCUGCUGCUUUUACUUUCCUCACAUCAAGAUAAACAGCAAUCCCAUCACCUACACCCACAACCGUCUUGCUGUUUCUUGUUAUCUUUUUUUUUCCUUAUUACCCCUGUGUUACCACCCCUUUAUUAUCGCUGCGCCCUAUACACACAGGGCUUGGCUUAUGAGUAACCACUCUCUGUCACCUAUAAGUCACGCCCUGUACACGCAACAGGUUAUUAAAUUUUUGAAACAUGUUCUCAUCCAGGGUACCAGGAUUCGAUUGUGCCUUUUCGUCUUUUCUUAGAUCAGCAUAAAGUUUUCUCUUUAGAAUGAAACUUGUAGAUAUGAGCUUUAGUACUUUUAAGGAAACCCUGUAGGAAUAAGUAAAAUAUAAUUAUAGGUUGCUUAUACUUCUCAAAUGUGCAAAACAAAACAGCUUUUCUUUAACAAUAAACUUGUUGUGCUGAAUAUUUGUCUCCCCCUUGUGGCACAUAGAGGUAUUACAAAGAUACCGUCAACACGUGCUUGUAAUGUGUUCCCGCUGUGUUCACUGCUUAUGUACAGUUCUCUUUCAUAGCAUUCGUUUCGUGUCUCACUAUGGGAACGCCUCCUGCGUGACCUCAUCAGAAGCUCAAAUACCAUUACGCCAGCCCUUACAGGCUGGCUAGGUGACGCCCAUGUCAGGAGGGGCCAGUGCCUCCCUAUAUAAUAGGCUGACA